UUACGAAAAGCUUCAGUAGUCGUCUCUCAGUCGUCGAGACCGGAACAUAAACAGAGGGAUAUAGAUUAUAAUUUUGUUGUGAAUACCUCGUUGAAUUUUGCUGCCAUAACCAUGUCCACCGGGCCAAUUGUAGGAGGUAUCACCCAGCUGGAGGGGGAUAGGAGGAAGGAAGCUCUGGAUCUCCUAGAUGCCACCCUCAGCCAGUUGGCCGCCGGAGAUGGUCCCAUCUACAAGGUAAUCAAAGUGACCUCUGUGACGGGUCAGGUUGUGGCUGGUACCCUCAACACCUACGAGGUCGAACUGGACAAUGGUUCGGUCAAAAAGCAGGCUACUGUUAAGAUCUGGUCCCAGCCCUGGUUGAAGGAGGACGGCACCAACAUCAAGAUCAAGUUCGCCGGCGAAGUUGGCGAGCUGGAUCGCACUUUUUAACUAAUAUAUGACUGAAUAUUACCUACUGUGAAAUAUGUGUACACUUGAGGUAUCGAAUACUCGUUUACUCCUACGAAAUACAUAAGUAUUAUAUUACAGCUUA